AGCCUAUAUUUGGGAUUGAAUGGACAAUAAUAUAAGGACGAUGCAGUGUUAUCCGAAGUUAUCCCCCAAACCGGAGCCGUUGGACGGAGGUUAUGAGACUGAGAUGAUGUUGCCGGUGGUGCGGCGGCUUGAGCUGCCUGCCCCUCCGGGUAAGGAGUUCCGAGCACCGGUGUUGCUGGCUCCUCCAGCCCACUCCGUUAUCCAGUGCAUGCGCCCACCACCGCCACCUCCGCCACCGCCACCGCCACGGGUGCUCAAACCUCCCUCCUUCGAGGAACCUUCCAGCUCUAUUCCAGAUUUAGAGUUCGAUGGUACUACAGUGCUGUGCCGCGUUUGUGGCGAUAAAGCCAGUGGGUUCCAUUACGGCGUGCAUUCCUGUGAGGGCUGCAAGGGGUUCUUCCGCCGCUCUAUACAGCAGAAGAUCCAGUACAGGCCCUGCACCAAAAACCAGCAGUGCUCCAUCCUCCGCAUCAACAGAAAUCGGUGCCAGUAUUGUCGAUUGAAAAAAUGCAUCGCUGUGGGCAUGAGCAGAGAUGCCGUGCGAUUCGGGCGCGUGCCAAAGCGCGAAAAAGCGCGCAUACUUGCUGCGAUGCAGCAGUCAUCGUCAUCUCGUGCACAAGAGCAAGCAGCGGCCGUGGAGCUGGAUGAUGCACCACGGCUACUGGCACGGGUGGUGCGAGCACACCUCGACACCUGCGAGUUCACCCGCGACCGCGUCGCAGCCAUGCGCGCGCGCGCCCGUGACUGUCCCACCUAUUCACAACCCACUCUGGCUUGCCCCUUAAAUCCGGCGCCAGAGCUACAAUCUGAGAAGGAGUUUUCUCAGCGAUUCGCGCACGUGAUUCGCGGCGUGAUCGACUUCGCCGGUCUCAUUCCCGGCUUCCAGUUGCUGUCGCAAGACGACAAGUUCACGCUGCUCAAGAGUGGUCUCUUCGACGCACUAUUCGUGCGUCUUAUCUGCAUGUUCGAUGCGCCGCUCAAUAGCAUAAUCUGCCUUAAUGGACAGCUCAUGAAACGUGAUUCAAUUCAAAGCGGUGCCAAUGCGCGGUUUCUUGUGGACUCAACGUUUAAGUUUGCGGAACGUAUGAACUCUAUGAAUUUAACGGACGCGGAAAUAGGUCUUUUCUGCGCCAUAGUACUCAUCACUCCCGACCGCCCAGGUCUACGUAAUAUCGAAUUAGUGGAGAGAAUGCACGCUCGCCUCAAGUCGUGCCUACAGACUGUCGUCGCUCAGAAUAGACCAGACCGACCUGGUUUCCUCAGGGAGCUGAUGGACACACUACCUGAUUUAAGAACGCUUAGCACGCUGCAUACUGAAAAGCUGGUCGUAUUCCGCACCGAACAUAAAGAGCUCCUACGACAACAGAUGUGGGGCGACGAGGAGGGUAGCUUAUAUGCUGACUCUGGUGCUGAUGAAUCCGCUCGUAGUCCAAUUGGAUCAGUAUCCAGCAGUGAGUCUGGCGAAGCAACUGGUGAUUGUGGAACUCCCUUACUGGCAGCAACACUGGCUGGCCGUUGUCGUCUCGACUCACGAGGCUCCGUCGAUGAGGAAGCUCUCGGCGUGGCACACUUAGCUCAUAACGGUCUCACAGUAACUCCAGUGCGUCCGCCGCCAAGAUAUCGCAAGCUGGACUCACCGACGGACUCUGGCAUCGAAUCAGGCAAUGAAAAGCACGAAAGGAUAAUUGGGCCUGGAUCUGGCUGUUCGAGCCCUCGAUCCUCACUCGAAGAACCUUCUGAGGACCGACGGGCGCCCGCCCCCGCUGAUGAUAUGCCAGUGCUGAAACGCGUCCUGCAAGCUCCGCCCCUGUACGAUGCUUCUUCAUUGAUGGACGAGGCUUACAAACCGCACAAAAAAUUUCGAGCCAUGCGUCGCGAUACAGGAGAAGCUGAGGCCCGGCCUGUGCGACCUACUACUUCGCCGCAGCCUCCACACCACCCGCACCCUGCUAGCCCCGCACAUCCGGCUCACUCGCCGCGCCCGAUGCGUGCGUCACUCUCAUCCACGCACUCUGUGCUCGCCAAGAGCCUUAUGGAGGGCCCACGCAUGACGCCCGAGCAACUGAAGCGUACAGAUAUCAUCCAGCAAUACAUGCGACGCGGCGAGGCCGGAGCGGCGGAAGGCUGUCCGCUGCGAGCAGGAGCAGCAGCUAGCGCGCUGCUGACAUGCUACCGAGGUGCGUCACCAGCGCCGCCCAUGCUCUCGCUGCAGGUGGAUGUUGCUGAAGCUGAAGCGCAGCAGCCGCUCAACCUGUCCAAGAAGUCGCCGUCGCCACCGCGCUCUUCCUACAUGCCGCCAAUGUUAGAGGCGUGAGGCCGGCCCGCGGAGCCACACGUCUCCGCCACCCCACCCCGACCCACACUAAAAUAAAAAAUGUAGUAGAUAAUCGUUCGCAGAUCGUUUUAAUAUAUUAUAUGUGAUAAAUUCGUUUAGGACGCGUGAGUGAGUGGCCGGUGCAGGACGAGGAGAGCGCAAUAGACUGAAAAUAAUUUAAGACUAUAUAAGUAUAAUUUAUAUGCAAUGCAGCGCCGGUCGCGGUGUGUUUGUGUGUGUAUUGUAUGUGCGUAUGUGAGCGUGCUCAGUCAUUUGUUUGUUAAUAUAAUGACAGGUUGUCGAAUUAAAAUAAACUUGUAAAAAUUAUU